ACCUGAACGAGUAUAGCCAUGCAGAUGGUGCCGGUGGUAGCGUUGUUGUCAGUCUUGCUGUGUGGGGAGGUGCUCUCCGACACCAAAUUCACUAUCUACAAUGAGUGGCAUUCCCAGGGUGGACGAGUCCAUUAUGAGGUGGACAGGUGGAACAAACACAACGGGUUCGACCAGCCACGUCUUAUUCCGAAGUGUAAAGCUUAUGGUACUGUAGCGGGGCGCUGGAUCAACAGUGACCUGUAUCUCAAUCUCUUCCACAACUGGCACCAAGACCCCAAUCACCAUGGGUACCCAGACCCCCACUACAUUCAAGAUCGCAGCUUGCAGCAGAAAGAGUUUGGGUUCUAUGAGGAUCAAAUCCGUGGUUACGGAAAAGACGUUAACAAUUUGGUAUGGGAAAUGCGAGGUCUCAGCUGGCCCAAUUGGAUAGACACGUCCCACCACCAAGGAAAGUUCCCUAAUAACGUAGAUGCUGCGGCGGAAUUCGUGUCUUUGAUGGUUCAGGGUACCAAGGAUUUCACUGGAGGACAUCUCCCAGCUUUCUUUGAAGUCAUAAACGAACCCGACGCUUCAUAUAAGUUUCUUGACUCCACAACUGUGAUCAACUUCCAUAAAGCUGUGGCACAAAAGCUCAAGUCAAGAUUUGGCAUGAAGGUGGGUGGACCAACAUACACAGGUUACUUUGCCAGGGCGGAUGAUCACAACUUCAGUUUCUGGAAGGGAGCUGCGAAGUUUUUGGACAUGUCUCUGGAUCACAUGGAUUUCUUCUCCUUCCAUGCUUACAACGACAUCCAUGUAUCCGGUGGAAGUCAUUCCUUUUCUGGUAUCAAUGAAGCACGUCUGGUUGCAGUGAUUGACAUGAUAGAAAACUAUUCUCACAUAAAGAAAGGGAAGAAUUUUCCUAUCAUCGUCAGCGAGUUCGGCAGAGGUGGAGUUCACGGAAUCAGCCAGGAUGCUCAUUCUGGCAUUGUAGACUUUGGGACCCUCUACUUGUCAAAUGCACAAAUGUUCACUUAUCUCAACCUCAGGGAGUUUAUGGAAAGAGUCGUUGUCUUCCUUCUGUCCAAUGAGCAAUAUCCAGGCCACAAUAGCCUCAACUGGUCCAUGUUCACUAGAGAUGGGCGUGAACUACCAAUUGCAAACUUCUUCAAAUUCUGGCACAAUUUGUACUAUGACCAGAAGUUUCUCAAAGUUUCGAGUGAUUACACGGGGUGGGAGAGACAAGUGGCACCUCUAGCUCUAGCGAACCCGAAUAACAAAGAGAUGAUGGUCCUCCUUCAUAACUAUGGCAAACAAUGGCAGAAUGUAAAGCUGGACUUCCACAAUGGCUGGAUUAACCCAACAACUGGCGAAUCCACAUGCAUUCAGUACCAGAAUGGCAACGCAGCAAUGCAUUCCAAUGUCCACUUUGACACCAACAAGAACAAUGGACAUAUCGGCCUCCCAGGAGAGUCAAGCUGUAUCUACAAAUUCAAGACCAACUACAAUUUUGGAGGCUUAAGAACAAAUAAUGAGAAUACCCACUUUGGAAAGGAUAUGAUCAUACCAAUAAAUAACGGUCAUGCUCAAACCACAAUCCAGGUACAGGGAUCUGGCUUCCAUACUGCACGUUUGAGGGUCGGGGUAAGCAGAUCCAACGGCGCAACUGGGAAGCCUCAGAGCGUCACGAUAAAUGGAAAUAAGCUGCAGUCAACCUUCAUGUUGUAUGACUCGGACAAGAACAACGCCCCAACCAAAUGGGAAAUGUGGGAAUAUUUAGUGCCUACAAAUGUAGUACAUUCUUCAAACACAGUCAGUAUGAGCUUUGCAGGGAAUGGUGGUCACGUAAGCUCUGUUGCACUGAUUGUAGGGAACCUUCAAUAAAGAAAUACCUGAUAAUA